GCGGACCAAUCAGCGCGGGCCACGGUGAGAUUCUUCGGUGUACUUUUUGUGUGUGUGCAGACGCAGCGGCAGCAGUCCGUGCGGCGAGUUUGUUGCUAACACCGGAGACGAGCGGAGAGCAGCUUUGUAACCAUGAGACCACUUUUACUCGGAGUGUUGGGCUGCUCCCUGGUCCUGUCUGUCCAAGCUUUUUACUCUGCCAGUGAUGAUGUGAUUGGGCUGACCCCCUCCAACUUCAACAAGGAGGUGAUCCAGAGUGACAGCCUGUGGCUGGUGGAGUUUUACGCCCCAUGGUGCGGCCACUGCCAGAGUCUGACUCCUGAUUGGAAGAAAGCGGCCACUGCCCUCAAGGGUAUCGUCAAGAUCGGUGCCGUAGACGCAGACGAGCACAAGUCUCUGGGUGGUCAGUAUGGGGUCAGAGGUUUCCCCACCAUCAAGAUCUUUGGAGCCAAUAAGAACAAGCCAGAGGAGUACCAAGGUGGACGCAGUAGCCAGGCCAUUGUCGACGGAGCCAUGAACGCUUUGCGCAAUCUGGUGAAAGACAGGCUGAGCGGCAAAUCUGGCAGCUCUGGCGGCUCUGGCAAGCAGAGUGGCGGGGGUAGUGGCAGCAAGAAGGAUGUGGUCGAGCUCACUGAUGACAACUUUGACAAGUUGGUGUUGGAGGGUGAUGACGUGUGGAUGGUGGAGUUCUUCGCCCCGUGGUGUGGACACUGCAAAAGCCUGGAGCCCGAGUGGGCAGCAGCAGCCUCGGCUAUCAAGGAGCAAACCAAGGGCAAAGUUCGCCUCGGAGCCGUGGAUGCUACCGUGCACCAGGCCGUGUCCAGCCGCUACGGGAUCCGAGGAUUCCCCACCAUCAAGAUUUUCCGCAAAGGUGAGGAGCCCGAAGAUUACCAAGGAGGUCGCUCCCGCGGCGACAUCAUCGAGAGGGGUUUGGAUCUGUUCUCCGACAACGCUCCUGCUCCUGAACUGCUGGAGAUCCUCAAUGAAGACAUCAUUAAGAAGACCUGUGAGGACAGUCAGCUGUGUAUAAUUGCCGUCCUGCCACACAUCCUGGACACAGGUGCAGAAGGUAGAAACGGCUACCUGGAUGUGAUGUUAAAGAUGUCUGAGAAGUACAAGAAGAAGAUGUGGGGCUGGCUGUGGGCUGAGGCUGGAGCUCAGAUGGAGCUGGAGGCCUCUCUGGGUAUCGGUGGAUUUGGCUACCCCGCCAUGGCCGCCAUCAACUCACGCAAGAUGAAAUUUGCCCUGCUCAGGGGCUCCUUCAGCGAGACUGGCAUUCAUGAGUUCCUCAGGGAGCUUUCCGUGGGCCGUGGCUCAACCGCCACAUUCGGAGGCGGUUCCAUGCCCAAGAUUCACGCUGUUGAGGCCUGGGACGGCAAAGAUGGACAGCUUCCGGAGGAGGAGGACUACGACCUCAGUGAUGUAGACCUGGAUUAUGAUGAUAAGGACGAGUUAUGAGCCCAAACGGGUCGGGAUCUGAUCCAGAUUGGCUUGGUUGAAUCUGGUCUGGUCUGGUCCUGCGCGACCCGCCUCCCCUCUCCUGUGGACGAAUGGGAAGCCCGGUUGCCCAGUUACUGAAAUACUCCAGAAAAGACGCAUUAGAGAGACACCUGCAGUUUCUCACCUCAUCUUUGUUAAGUCUCACGGGAACAGGAGGGGAGGGGGUGUCGUCUCCCUGGAGUGAAUCCUGCCUCACAUACCUGCUGAACGGUAGAAGCUGCAUAUUUCUAAGGCCCCCACCACCUGAGCUGAGGAGAGGAGUGUGGCAUUUCAGUCUUUUUCAAACAUCAUUCCCCCCUCUCCCCUCUUCGGCCACCUUCAAGCACCAAUUUUAAGAUGUGGACUUGUCAAAGUAACACUUCAAUGUCCAACCUGAUGUGACUAUAUAUUUGUUCUCUUCUUCUUUUUUUUUAAAUCAGUAAGUGUGAAUCUCGGUGGGUUUGCAUCAUGUCUGUCCAGGACAAGGGGAAUACUGCGGGACUUCUUGUGUAGAUUUUUCUUACACGACUUUAUUUCAAUUGUGUGAAAACAAAAUGACAUUUUUGUUACAAAAAUAAAAAGGAAUAAAAACAA